AUGAGUUCAACAACAGAAUUGAAAUUUAUUAAUGAAUCGGAAGAUUACGAGAGUCGCGAAAAACUUCGAGAAAGCUUACGCAACAUUCCUGCAGACAAAGUACCAGCAGUUCAGGUUCCUUUUCCGCCAGAUGUCAAUCCAAAAGAUUUAAUUCGACGUGAUCCAAGUGGAAUUUUACGAGCACGCGCGACAAAUAAAUUCUUGAUAUACCGAAGUCAAUAUGCUAAAGCUUUGAAAGCAAAGGGUUAUUGCAUAUCAAUGCGAACUGUCUCAGCUUUGGCUUCAAAGUCAUGGCAAAAAGAGCCUAGAAAAGUUCAACGUAAAUACGAAGAAUUAGCUAAAGAAGUUGCAAAAAUUCGUGAAGAAAUUAGCACCGUGUCAUCAACCGAGUUAACAAGUGAAAGAAGAGAAAAUCCAUUUGAACUUGCAAGAUUCAAUCCUAGCAACAUCAUAAAUACAAAUAACCCAAAUUUAAUAAACUUGAAUCAUCAAAUUGAAUAUGGAAACAAUAAUGCGGGAUUUCCUUGUGAAUAUCAAGCCCAACAAUUUUUGCCGCAAUGCAACAAUUAUCCCUUCUCGUACGAUAUUAUAAGAAAUUGUCUAAAUCCACUUGAUCCUUUUAUAGAAUCAACGACGGUUCAACAGCCAAUUUUCUCGCCCGAGCAUCAAGUUGAGGUUUCCUGUUUGCCUAACGAACAAUAUGUUUAUUGGAAUGUGAUGAGCGUGAAUCAAAAUCUUGGUUCUUUUUACAACACAACCCAAUAUUCAUAA